AAACAAUAACAAUAACAAUGAAACGUUUUAGUUUUUAUUAUUAAUACCUACUAUGAUAUUCAUAUUUUACUUUUUUAUUUCGUAGCAAAAAAAAAAAAAAAUCCGCCGGUUGAUACGUCGAUUUAAGUGCUGGUUUUUAUGGUGUUUUACGGACUCGGCGAUAAUAACAUGUAUAAUAAUGAUAAAAUUAAUACUGCACUGUGAAUUGAUUCUUGAUUGGCAAUUAGUGUAACACUUGUCGCUGAAUUGCACGUCUUUAUUUUAGAGUUCCAUAGUCGAUGUGGCGAGCACAAUCGUCAGUACGCUUAUGCUGUACUCAAUAUUAUUAUUUUAUAAUUUAAAGAUGUUUAGCGUGGCGGCCGUUCAAAGUGCCUUUCAUGAAGCUCUAGUCCAGGACCAAGACGUUGACAUAAAAAACUAUGUGUUGGCCUAUCAGGAACUUUGCAAAUUCUGUUCCCACCUAGGAGGCUUGUUCAGUUUUGUCGUCAAUGACCUAGAGGAUAAGAUCGGAUGCCUAAAUCAGCUGGUAACUGAAGACGAGCUACAUUUUUCCACUGUACAAAACAUGUUAAACCACGAGACUUCCAACAAAUUGGUGUUUUCUGGUCGUUCUGGCUCUGUGACAUUGUUGAGAUUGCAUCGUGGUCUCGAAUUCAUUAUUCUGUUCAUGUCUAAACUACUUAAACUUCAACCUAAUGAUAGCACGAAACGCUCUGCUCAAGAAGCAUAUAGCCAAACAUUGGCUAAACAUCACUCCUGGCUUAUAAGAAAUGGUGCUCUGUUUGCAAUGAAUUUCCUACCCUGUCAGAGAGCCUUGUACGAUCAAACUAUUGGCAACACUUCUGUAGAAGAAACGUUGAAUACAAUGCCUGAAAUGAUUUCCAAGGCUUCUAAGGUACAUGAAAGAGUGAACAAUCUACUUUCAGAUUAUGAAAUUCUGAACAUACCGUGAAAAUAUUCAGAUUGACUGUGUUGUAAAGUACUUAGUUACUUGGUACUGUGUAAAAUUCAUAUACUUUGUAUGAUCUUCAUUUAAAGUAGGUAUACACAGUGAUCAUUUUCAUUGGUGAACCAUGAAAGAAUUCCAUUUUUACAUUCUAUUAUUUACUAAUUUUAUUUUAUUUAUUAAAGCAAUACUUGCAUGUUAACCAGAGUACCCUAUUUAUGUGAUUAUUCAAUUGCUGGUCGAAAUUCUUCUCAUCGUGAACUAUUUUAUUAUUUAAUCUUUAUAUACCUUAUUUUUCAUCUAAUGAAAUAAAAGAAUAUGUCUGGUUUCCAUUAAAAAAAAAAUGUUAAGUAACAAAACACUUAUAAAUUUUCAUAAUGACCAAAAAAAAAAAAAAUUAUUAUUUAUCAUUAUUAUUAUGUUAAUAUUUUGCUCAAUAGACUAAAAAAAUAUAUUAAUAUUAAAUUAAUAUUUAUAAUCAUAAUUGUAUACGUAAUAUAGUUUUAAAUUUGUAUAGAUGAUAUUUAGUUUAAUAGUUAACAAAUAUUAAUUUUAUCAAAAAAAGAUGAAACAAUAUUUAUAUACUGUAUUACUACAUAUUGUUUUAAAUGUAUUUAUGAGUCUAUUAUAUUUUUUAAAUCCUCGAUUUAUAAUUAUUUUGUAUCUAAUAAUAUUAUAUUAGGUGUUUUAUUUAUAUUUUUAUUGAAUUUAUAAUUUAUACUUUACUGUUGACCUUAUUUAUAACCAAUGAGCAGUGACACUAAUGCACACUUAUUUUUAACCAAAGAUGUAUCAGUCACAUUUUUUAAAAUUAAUUUAUAGAUAUCUAAUUUUUUCACUAUUUUUCUACAAGCAUAUAACUAUAAUUUACAACCUGUGUUUUGUUUGGAGAUCUCAAGAAUGCAGGGAGAAAUCAAUUAAUAACAAUAACUGUUUCCUCUCAAGCAUUCAGCACCUACAGAAAUGUGAGACAUUUGCAUACCAACAAAAAUAUUUGAAUUUAGAUUAACAUUUAUAUUGUAGAUUAACAACCUAACAAGAGCAUAAUAAAAUUAACAUCAUAUCACAACAUCAA